CAUGUGUAUCCUGCCUGUUCCUGGGUUGAGUCCGUAGGCUGUAAGGGUGGCUUUUCUGGUUCCUAUCGAUCGACGCCUGUGCAGUGAGCGACCUCGACUUGACCGCCGACCAUAGUCCAGGAGGAAAGCAAUCAUUGUUCGAUUCUCUCUCGCUUCACUCAAGUGUACAUGUUUAUGAACUUCCACCUUGUUCCUUUGGUGUUCACGUGAUUCACAGUGUUUACUUCGAUUUAUUAAAAAUUAGGGAAGAAGGACGAUAAAAAGAAGCGUUUACAAAUGCUUUUCUACUGAAAACAGUAGCAAUACGGCAAUACCCAGUAUAGAAAUAAUGAACUCAAAAUAGAAACAAAGUUCUUGAUUAUGCAUAGGAAGAGUAAAAAGGAAAAAUAAUAACAAUUAUGAACAAAAGUAGACGUAAGAACAUGAUUACUAACAUCUUACGCAAACCAAACUUGUUGAAAAAUAUUUAUACAUUCAUUCCAUGAAUUUUUAUCAUUUUAUAAGCAAAAAAUAGUAUGUGAUCAAAUUAAGCAUGUAAGUUGCAAUUGCACCAUUAAAAUAUCAGUAAGGAUAAUUUUACAGGAAUAAAUAAUUUUAUAAGAAGAGGAAAUAUGAAUUUUAAUAAAAAUCUUCGAUUUGCGACUUAAUGUAAAGAUUAAUUGUAUUAACGUUAAAUCGAUUUACUUAAUGAUGACAAGUUGUGAAUCUGUUUUGGUACUUUUUAAAAAAGAACUAUAAGAAUUAAAAAAAGAAACUGUCAUUCGGGAAUAAAAGACAUGUCUGAAAGUCAAGCGAAACCGGCAUCACCGGUACCGCCGGCUGCCUCUACGCAAUGCUGUAACAAUUUGACAGAGACACAGUGUCCAGCAUUGCAAGUUACGUCACGAAUGUUACGAUCACCGAGCCAUGAGAGCGUCACGACUGAUCUUUCUCUCUUCAGCGUCUCCUCAGUUGCAAGUGACUUACGAGCAGUUAAUAGACUUGUCACUUUUAAAUCAUACACUGAUGUACAUCUCGCUGGUCGGGGUCCAUCACCGAAACCAGAUUCCCGCCAAGCUCAAAGUAGCAGACCAGCGGAUAUACCAGAAAUUCUGUGGUUCGAAGAAGAAAAUGAAUUAAUUCGUAGCUGCGGAGUGCUUUCUUCUGCACUUGGUCUUCGCAAAAGCUUUAGCACAAGUGAUGUAUCCCAACUGCCAAGCCCAGAUACGUUGGGUCCGAGUGGGUUGCGAUCGGCCGUGUCUACUUUAGCAUUGAACACUACCCAAAAAAACGCCCUGCUGUUGGAACACGCGCGGCUUGAUCACGCAUCAAGAUCUUGUAGUACAUGGGUUGCUGUUGGUGAACCAGUAGCCAACACAUCGCAACUUCCCAGUCCUCAUGGGGGCACGCAAGAACAACAGAAUCAACAUCCUACGUCUACCUGUUCCCAAUCAGCUCAACAACCAACUCCUGCACAACUUCAACCAGUACCUUUCACAGGAGCUGAUUUUGUUAGAUCCGUAAAUAAAAAAGUUCGACAAAAUUAUAUACGUCGAAGAUUAUUAACGACAUAUCGUGCAUUGGAGCGGCUUUCGCAAAGUGAAUUUAAUUUAGAUCAAUUGGAAGCUGUGGCAACCGCUGCACAAACAACUUCUGGAGCCACAUUGUUGGUACCUGGAACUACUACUAUUACCGGACCUUCACUAAUAGGGCAAAAAGAACGGAACCAUGCCUUAACGAUUAAAGAUGUUGAAAGGGAACGUGGAAAUCAAUUGUCGAAAUAUGAGAGAAAUAUGAUGAUUUUUAACUGGCUUCAUACACUUGACGAUACUGCUAUUGUUGACAGUAUAGAAUAAAUUAUACGUUAAUUAAUA